GCGGCGCUGCUGCUGCUGGUGCUGAUGUGGGCGCGGGGGGCCCGGGGCCAGGGCGACCCCCAGCGGGGCGCCAUCCUGGGCAUGAGGCUGGCGAGCUGCAACAAAUCGUGUGGGAUGAACGCGGAUGGCAUCAUCUUCGUGUCCGAAGGCAGCACGGUGAACCUGAGGCUGUACGGCCAGAGGCUGGGCUCCAUCUCCAGCAACCUGAUCUCCUUCACCGAGGUGGACAACUCCGAGGCCAUCCACAACUCCACCAACUGUCCCGAGCUCACCAAGGACCUGGUCGUCCAGCAGCUGGUCAACGUGAGCCGCGGGAACACGUCCGGGAUGCUGGUGGUGCUCACUAAGUUCCUCCGGAGGAGCGAGAACAUGAAGCUGUAUGCAUUGUGCACCCGGGCCGGGGUGGAUGGGCCCUGGCAGAGGUGGACCGAUAAGGACUCGCUGCUCUUCAUGGUAGAGGAGGCUGGGAGGUUCCUGCCCCUCUGGCUGCACAUCCUCCUCAUUAUGGUGCUGCUGGUGCUGUCGGGCAUAUUUUCUGGCCUCAACCUGGGGCUUAUGGCCCUGGACCCUAUGGAGCUGCGCAUCGUGCAGAACUGUGGCACCCAGAAGGAGAGGCGCUAUGCCCGCAAGAUCGAGCCCAUCCGGCGCAAGGGCAACUACUUACUCUGCUCGCUGCUUCUGGGAAACGUGCUGGUCAACACGUCCCUCACCAUCCUUCUAGACAACCUCAUUGGGUCUGGGCUCAUGGCGGUGGCUUCUUCCACCAUUGGCAUUGUCAUCUUUGGGGAGAUCGUACCUCAGGCCUUGUGCUCCCGACACGGCCUGGCUGUGGGUGCCAACACUAUCAUUCUCACCAAAUUCUUUAUGCUAGUCACCUUCCCCCUCAGUUUCCCCAUCAGCAAGCUCCUGGAUUUUGUUUUGGGCCAGGAGAUUCGCACCGUUUACAACCGGGAGAAGCUGAUGGAGAUGUUGAAGGUAACGGAGCCCUAUAACGACCUGGUGAAAGAGGAGCUAAAUAUGAUCCAGGGUGCCCUGGAGCUACGGACCAAAACCGUGGAGGAUAUCAUGACCCAGCUCCAAGACUGCUUCAUGAUCCGCAGCGAUGCCAUCCUGGACUUCAAUACCAUGUCAGAGAUCAUGGAGAGCGGCUAUACCCGCAUCCCCGUGUUUGAAGACGAGCAGUCCAAUAUUGUAGAUAUUCUCUAUGUCAAAGACUUGGCCUUCGUGGACCCUGAUGACUGCACCCCCCUCAAGACCAUCACCCGCUUCUAUAACCACCCAGUGCAUUUCGUCUUCCAUGACACCAAGUUGGAUGCCAUGCUGGAGGAGUUCAAGAAGGGGAAGUCCCACCUGGCCAUCGUGCAGAAGGUGAACAACGAGGGUGAAGGUGACCCCUUCUACGAGGUGCUGGGCCUGGUCACCCUGGAGGACGUCAUUGAGGAGAUCAUCAAGUCUGAGAUCCUGGACGAGUCUGAGGACUACCGAGAUGCCGCCGUGCGGAAGAAGCCUGCUCCUCUGAGUGCCCCCCUCAGGCCGAAAGAGGAAUUCUCCCUGUUCAAGGUGUCUGACGAUGAACAUAAAGUGAAAAUCUCGCCUCAGCUGCUCUUGGCCACCCAGCGCUUCCUGUCCCGAGAGGUGGAUGUAUUCAGCCCCCUGCGAAUCUCCGAGAAGGUCCUGCUGCACCUGCUGAAGCAUCCCAGCGUCAACCAGGAAGUGAGGUUUGACGAGAGCAACCGUCUGGCUGCACACCAUUAUCUGUACCAGCGCAGCCAGCCAGUGGACUAUUUCAUUCUCAUCCUGCAGGGCAGAGUUGAGGUGGAGAUCGGGAAAGAGGGCCUGAAGUUUGAGAAUGGGGCCUUCACCUACUAUGGAGUGUCUGCCCUGACAGCACCAUCCUCAGUUCACCAGUCCCCGGUGUCCUCGCUCCAGUCCAUCCGCCACGACCUGCAGCCCGAGCCAGCCGACGGUGCCCGCUUGCGUGCGUACUGUCCUGACUACACCGUGAGGGCCCUCUCCGACCUGCAGCUCAUUAAGGUCACGCGGCUGCAGUACCUCAAUGCACUCCUGGCUACACGAGCCCAGAACCUGCCACAGUCCCCGGAGAACGCAGACCUCCAGGUCAUCCCAGGCAGCCAGACCAGGCUCCUCGGUGACAAGACAGCCACGGCAGCAGGGCCCAACCACAGCAGACCCGGCCUCCCAGCGGAGGAGAGCCCUGGGCGGAACCCAGGGGUUUAACUGCUUGCCAGGCAGCCCCAGCUCUGGGGAAUGGACAAGCACGUGGGGAACUGGAGAGCCGAGGAGUAGCUUGUCAGCCUGUCCCCAUCCCCUGCAGGCCACGUUUUAGAUGGCCCUUAUAGAUGUGGGUCCUGGGCUGUCCUCAGAACCAGACCUCAGUGCCGGGAGCCUUCAGCGGGUCCUGCCCUCCUUUAGGAAAUGGGGGUCAGUUGGGGCACAGCCCUCUAGGCCUGCUUCUGAAGGGAAUGAAAAGACACUGUCAUCUGUGGUCCCCAGGACCCAGCCUUCUCCCUGUGACAGUGCAGUGUAUUUAUACCUCUUUGGGCCAAGCCAUGAUGUGAGUGCACGAUUACUGCCUUUACGUGGCCGUGACCUGUACUCGCUUCGCUUUUAAUUUGCCAACCUGCUGCUGCUGGCGGCACUUUGAGCAAACCGGGAGCACUAGUUGGGGCUGGGGGGUUCACAUCCUUGGCCGUAGCCACAGUGAACGAUUUGGCUUCCCUUACAGUGCCGUGUUUCAGAGCACGUGCCCCAGCCUGCCCCAUGUGCCAGACCUCAAACUCGAUGACCCACCGGUAUGCGCCACUGUCCUGCUCCCUCCUGUGGAGGUCGCUUCUCUGAGCCCUGUGCUCAGAGCCCUGCGCGAGAGAGCUGGCCCCCAGUGGCACUGAGGAGGCCUGCUCCUUCUGCUUCUCUGCCUGUCUUGCCUAGGUGCUUCUAAUGGUAUCAUCACUUAGUGUGUUUGAAGAAGAGAGGUCACCCGUGGGAGGAAGGGGUGUGCUGCCCCUAACCCUUUCUCAGUUGCUGGAUCCCAGGGAGAGGAUCCAGCCGUUAGAUCUACUUUGUACCUUCUUCCUAGGCCUCCAUGGAGAGCUGGCUGGCUGUCAUUUGCACAGAGAGAGUCAGGGGAGGGAAGAGUUGGUUAUGGAGCAGGUAGAACCUCAUCCCCUUCCUUUAAAAAAAACCAAAACCCGUCAGUUUUUCUUGUAUCUCUGAAACAUUUCAGCUCUUUGCUUUUUUGCUGUUCUUAGCUAUGGGGUUUUAGAGAAUUGGGAACAAGAAGGCAUUUAUGUUUUUCUUCUGACUUACCCAUUUUUACCUUCUACAGUUCUUCAACUAUGCAGAAACAGGGGCGUCACAGACACGUAGGAUUGCAGAUUGGAUAGGGAGGGAGGAGGAUUUCUGGAACCUUUCUCAAAGGAAUUUGGGUCCCUUACCUGGGACCGGUGGGGAUGAAGGCCAAAGAACAAUGGCAUGCUUGCUUAGAAACUUCUCAAGGAAUUCUAAGAGCAAACCCGGGUGGGAAGCAUACUUUAUAAUCAUCUCUCUCCAGAACAGUGGUUCUUAACCUUGGCUGCAGGUUAGAAUCACCUGGCAAAUUGAAAAAUACUGAUACCUGAUACUUGGGGCCUCCUCUUCUGGGGAGCCUGAUUUAAUUGAUCUGGGCAUGAGGAUUUUAUUUUUUGAAACAAUUUUAAUUAAAAAAAAAAAAUUUUUUUUUUU